UUCCUCUCCUUUGCUGACUUGUCCCCCUUACCCUCCCCCCCUCCCUUGCUGUUAAACCACCACGAAGAAGCUCUUAAACCAACAAAGAAGAACUCGACGACCAGAGAGACGUAUUCCUCCAGAAGCCGAAACCAGUCGCCCCCCACCAACACACAAAACUUUCUCUUCUCAUAUGAAAGCCGAAGAGAGUGGAAGACAGAGAGAGCAACAGAAUCGAGAGACUGGGGAGAUGGCGGACAGCCGAGACCCGGCGAUCAAGCUCUUCGGCAAGACGAUCCCUUUGCCGGCCGGCGGCGAGGCCCCCGCCGUCUCUGGUGAUGAUGAACGAGAAAAAGAUGAGGCUAAGGGUAGUUCAGAUGAAGAAGCUACCCAUGAAUCCACGGACAUGGAUCAUGACUCUCCAAAUUCAGAAGAUAAAAGCGGGUCACCGAUAUCGUCCACAGCAAACGAGACCCCAAAAAAUUCUGCUGAUCAAGAGACUAUACCUGUGAAGAAUCUAAAGCCCGAAGAACAAAAGAAUGAAGUGAAUACCUCUCAAGAGAGAACUAAAAAGAAGCCCGACAAGAUACUUCCUUGUCCUCGGUGCAACAGCCUAGACACCAAGUUUUGUUACUACAACAACUACAACGUCAACCAGCCACGCCAUUUCUGCAGGAACUGUCAGAGAUACUGGACUGCUGGGGGCACCAUGAGGAAUGUGCCCGUGGGAGCUGGUCGACGUAAGAAUAAGAACUCCAUGUCCCAAUUUCGCCGCAUAACUCUAUCAGAUGCUGCUUUCCAGACCGCUGGACCUGAAGUUCCUGAGCCAAUCCAUCACACCCCACAAAAACCCAAUGGUACUGUUCUUAGUUUCGGCUCUGAUACCCCUCUCUGUGAAUCUAUGGCCUCUGUAUUGAAUCUUGCCGAGAAGACAGGGAACAAUUGUAAUCGAAAUGGGUUCCAUCGGCCAGAAGAGCAGAUGAUUCCAUUUCCUGCUGUAGAAAAUUGCGAUGAGCACUCGACUGGAUCUUCGGUGACAGCUUCGAAUUCUACUGAUGAUGGAAGUGGUGCUAAUAUGCAAGAGCCAGUUAUUCAAGACUGUCAAGGAUUUCCAUCUCGAAUCCCAUAUAUUAAUGGAUCACCUUGGCCAUAUCUCUGGAGUCCAGUUCCUGCUUUCUGCCCCUCGAGCUUUCCUGUUUCAUUUCACCCUGCACCGGCAUAUUGGGGUUGCCCGGUUGCUGGCACUUGGAGCAUCCCAUGGCUGUUGCCUCUUGCUUCUUCAGACAAUGGCUCUUCAGGAUCUGGACCCAAUUCUCCAACCUUGGGCAAGCAUUCAAGGGAAGGAGAACUGCUCAGCCAUACCAAUUCAGAGAAAGGAGGUAGUCCUAAGCAGAGCAAACAGGAGGGAUGCCUCUGGAUUCCUAAAACAUUGAGGAUCGAUGACCCCGAAGAAGCUGCAAAGAGCUCCAUAUGGGCAACCCUGGGUUUCAAACAUGACACUGCUAAUGGAGUUAGUGGUGGUGGGCUAUUCAAAGCCUUCCAGAAGAAGGUGGAGGUAAAGAAUCACACUGCAGAGACCUCCCCAGCCUUACAUGCCAAUCCUGCCGCUUUGUCACGGUCCCUCAACUUCCAGGAGAGCUCAUAGUGGAGCAGAAGGCUAUUGGGAGGUCUUUUGUACAUAUUACAAGUGACAUUUUAACUGAUUAGGUAAGUUGGCAAUACUGAGAUUUUGUGGGUGAAAUCAUUGUGGUGCAGUCACUGAUGCAGCCUCCUGUACUUGAGGAAGAUAGUGAGAGUAGCUCUGGUUUUCCCAUCAGAAGCCAUCUAGAAGUAGCUCAAGUGACUGUCAGUCCUGCAUGCAUAUAUCAAAAUGAGUGAGAAGAACAGAGUGAUGCAAAGAAGAAUCAGAUAUUUGUAGUUGUGCUUACAUAAUUUUAACAAACUUAAUAUCGUGCCUUUUAUCCCCCUUAUUUUAGCUCUGUGAACUGUCUCAUUUACUUUCCUAUGUGAUAUUUUAUGUCAAUAACAAGUUUGCUGAUGCUAUCUU